CGUUAAGGAUGAAAAUGCUUUAAAAAACGAAUCUGGAAAUAAUUCCGGUUCCCUGUAUGAAAGCAUUGCGAACACAGCAAACAAUUUUUCUGAGAAAAUAACUAAGCUCAACAUUCCUGAGAAUUCAAUCAUGGAUCGUUAUCGUAUCGUGUUCAGUGAUCUAGCAACCAUUCUCAAGAAGAGCAAUGUCAUUUCUGCGAAUGGUCGGCCAAUUUCUGACCGUCUUUCCGGUCUUGCCGAUGAAAUACGUGAUGCUGGUGACGAAUUGGGCGAUUUCAGACAUCACGCUUCAAACUUUUUCUACGCGUUACACACCGAAAUGACUGCAAUUCACGAGAAACUGGAAGAGAUGGAAAGAGCUGAAAAUACCCUUUUCUCUUCAAUCGAGAUUAAAUUCCGCUUAACUGAAAAUUUUGGAAUGUUUGGUGGACAAUUUCGUUCAAACGCUGACGAUGAAGGGUUUAUACAAGAUCGCCUUAAAACUUUGGAAGAUAUGAUACCUGAGUUUCAGGCACAAUUAAAGAAGGUCAUGGAUUCGUUGGACAAAAUUCAACAAAGUGCAAGUAACACGCACGAAUAUUUGAUUGAUGGGGAACGCGAAGCGGAACAAGCUCUGAAACGUGUAUGGUUCGGUGCCAUCACAGAUUAUGAUGAUCGUGUCAGGGCGGAAAAUGAAUUAGGUCAAGUUCGUCUUUCAAUUGAAAUGUUACGAGCGAUGAAGUCGAAUCUUGUAAAAUUUGAAACUUUUUUGAAACAAUAUCGACGUCAAGUACAAGAUGUUAAAACACAAAUUCACGUGAAUCGGGCGAACUUAAAACCCACUAAACAGGAUAUAAAGUAUCUAAAGAACAGCGUCAAAAAAUUAGAAGAACAUCAUCAGCAAUUUGACCGAGCACAGAGUCGACUAGAUGAGAAAGAUUCCGGCGGCGAAAGAUAUUUGUUGUACGCUGACGAUUAUAGUUCUCGAAAUCGAGAUUGCGCUGAAUUUCAAAUUUUCUUUGAGAAACCUCAAGCCUAUUUGCGCAGUAUUCGUAUCUGGAGUUCGCAUGCCAUUAAUGCAUUGGGUUUCAUUUACUCGGAUGACACCACUGAAAUCUUCGGGGUGCCAGGGGAUGCAACUCCUCACGAUUUCAUGUGGCAAGAAGGAGAGAGAAUCAAGGAAUUGAGACGCAGUAUUGGAAGUAUAAUUUAUGGAAUUGAAUUUGUAACUAACAAGGGUCGAACGAGUGGAUGGCAUGGUAGUUUAGAUCGUGGAAAUAAAUAUGUGAUUCGAGGUGAAGGACAAGAAUGGAAUGGUAUACAUGGAAGUUUUUCGAAAUAUAUAUGCAGCAUAGGUGUGAUGUAA